AUGAAACAAAUCGAGCCGCUGAGCAUUUUGUCGCUUCCCAAUGAGAUAUUGUUGAAAAUUAUUCGCCGUCUUCCACGUCACGAUAUUUAUUUCGGAAUCGCCCACACAAAUCACCGACUGCGACGAAUCGUGCAAUCGAAUUUGAAAACACUUCGAUUAUUCGAUGCGCAUUGUCAUGUUCAUGUCGUCGAUCAAAUGCCGUCUCAUGCAUACCGAGAUGACGGAACCGAUCCAAUCAUCUCCUAUUCGUUCACUCUUUUUGACAGACAACUUCCAGAUUAUAAGCAAAAGAAGAGGUUGUGUCUUCGUGGAAACGAUCAACGCUAUAAAGAACUUCAUGUGACGCAUUUAAAUGACGGAACAAUGCAUGCGCAGUUCGAGAGAGCUGGAUACGACGUUCGAGUGCCGCAACAAGUCGCCGAAACUUUUCUCUCCUAUAUGAAGGUGCGAGCACUUCGAUUCCAAGUGCGGAAACAAUGCAAAACGGAAUCGAUUCGAAUUGAAGAUGACUUCUUCGCGAACUGCACCGAUUUCUGCGAGCGUGUGUGCACUCGGGUUGAGAUCAAAUCCCUCCUUUUGUGCUCGAAAAACGUGCUUUUUCCAUGGCAACUUGGCAAGAAAUCAUUAGAGAAACUCUCAAACCUCAAAAAUCUGAAAUCCUUGAUUCUCGAGAAUAUGACAACAUUUGAUCCGUUUUCUCCACAGCUCACUAUUCCAACCUCAUGUUUAUGCAGUCUUCAAUUUCGAUUAGAUCAAAGGCACAGAAUGGAUAUCGAAAACGUCACUUUGUCACAAAUCAACGGUUCCAUCUUGAACGCUCUUUGCGAAGCUUCCGUUGCUUAUUUGGAUUUCUCCGCAUAUUCCGACGUCUCGUCUUUCGUUUCCUCCAUUGAUUCUCUUCAUAUGUGCUAUUUCAUCUCUGCUUGGAGAUCUACCAAGGUUCCAUGGCUCAUCCGUUCAAUCUCCUUCAAUUCUACAGUAACCAUCGACGAAUUUCGCAACACCGUUCAAAAUCUUCUACCCGAGGACGGCAUCAUGGAUAUCCCAUAUUGCCGAUUCCGCACGUUUCACAAAACUACAAAAAAUGUCGUGUUGGAAUUAGCGUGUUACGCGAAUGGGAACGCGACGCAAUGGCUUCUACGCACCGGAUAUUCCGAUCCGCCGACAUCAUCAUAG